AAGAAGCUUCUGAAACCAAGGAGAGAGUUUAGCCAGGUGUUAAGAUACUUGUUCAAAUUCCGAAAUUCCUUUGCAAUUCUACAUAUUGGCCAAGGACAAUCAGAAAUUGAGUAUUUUUUAAAGAUGCAGGCUACAGUAACACGAAAUGUGAAAUUAAAAUACAGGCAAGUCCUGUACUUUGAAAAUAGUAAAAUACUGCUUAAAGAAAAGAAAGAGGCCCUGACUAAGUGGAGAUGUAGACCAUGUUCAUGGAUUGGAAGAGUCAGGAUUGUCAGGGGACCAGUUUCCCCAAACUGAUGGCCAAAUUCAUUGCAACCGCAAAUUCUCAGUGAGUGCUUUGGUAGAGCUUGACAAGCUGAUUCUAAAAUAAACAUAGAAAAGCAAAUAACAAGAAUGUCCUAACACAUUUUGAAAACUGACAGUCAAUCCGUUUAAGGAGAGCCCCCCUCCAGUGCCUGUCCCACUCUCCCAGGAUCCCCACCACUUCCUCUGCACGCACCAGCUGCACAGCCAAAACCUUUUCUCCAUAUCCAGGAGCAAGACUCAUUCCCAAAAGAUCCUGCUGGUUCCCAGUGGUGAUCAUGCCCAGCCUGGCGGUCUUCAUCCCACAUGUGCUGAGCACCAAAACCCCGUGGCCAGAGGUCUGCAUGAGCAAUGCCUUGCCUGCUCCCUGCAGGCCAGUGAGGGGAGUGUCUUCAUUUGUCAAGUUCCCCUCUCUCUCUCUCCUCUCAGAAGAGAGCCAGUCUCAUCCUUUCGUGCUUGGAAGAAAUGAAGGACAUAAUACAUGAAUGAAAGCCUGCUUCCCUGUAUUUACAAGAAACAGAGCUGAAACAGAAAGGUUCGAAUGACAAGAUGGUAAAAGAUUUCACCGUGCAAGCACUAAGUGUGGAAAAUGGCAUCCUUCAGAAUGAGCACUUCAUGAAGAUCAAAGGUUUUAAUUCACUCUCCUCCCCACAUAUAGAAUUCUAAAUAUGGUCGCACCCACAGAUGGAAUCUCAAAACACACAAAACACAAAUACUCACAGAAUUACAGCUCCUCGUCACCUGGAGCUCCAGGUGCGGGGAUGCCUACUGUCUCCCCACGGGGCAGUGACUCAGCGAGCAGCGUCCAGGGCUGGUGUGUGACCCCGGGAGCAGAGGGGAUGCCCGCCACGUGGACACUGAGGGAGGGGGGGCAGUAAACCUCCUCACCUCCCACCUCCCGUGUCCCUACGUCCCACCCUGGCUGGAUCGACCUCUACAAACAUCUACACCUGUGGCUCUAGGGGUCUGGCCAUUAGGGACCCUUUGUCACUUUGCAGAAAAUGGCCUCCAAGGAGGAAGGCACUGACAGGGAGGCAGGAGGUGGGGUGUCUCCCACCGUCCCUGGCCCAGGGCCCCCGAGAGUGCGUGUGCGGUGGUGGGUGGUUGAUCUCUAAGGGCUCUCCUGGCCCCAGCAGUCUCUGGGGGUGAAGUUCCUCCUCUGAGGAGGGUCAGUGUUCUGACCUCACCCUCAUCUUCCUGUUGGCGGCCGCCUCGAAAUCUUGCAACUUCUACUUCCAGUUCUUGAGAAACGAACCUUGAGAAAGAGACUUUCCCCGGGGAGCCUGGCAUCGCCAACCCCAGACAUGCUUUUGCUGCUGCCGCUGCUGGCCCUGCUCUGGUGGAUGAGCGGGGCCGCCGAGGGCCAGACGGAGCCCGGGAAGGAUUACACGCUGCGCGUGCAGGAGCUGGUGGCGGUGCAGGAGGGCCUGUGUGUCCACGUGCCCUGCUCCUUCUCCUACCCCUGGCAGAUCUGGACCAUCUUUACCUCUGCUCUCGGCUACUGGUUUCAGGAAGGGGCGGUGAUGCUGCAGGAUGCUCCCGUGGCCACCAACAACCCAGAUCGGAAAGUGCAGGAGGAGACCCGGGGCCGAUUCCACCUCCUCGGGGACCCCCGGGCCUACAACUGCUCCCUGGACAUCAGAGAUGCCAGGAGGAGGGACAACGGUUCAUACUUUUUUCGUGUGGAAAGAGGAAAUACGAAAUAUAAUUACAUAUCUAACCGGCUCUCCUUGUAUGUGACGGCCCUGACCCACACACCUGACAUCCUCAUCCCAGAGACCCUGGAGGCCGGCCGCACCGGAAACCUGACCUGCUCUGUGCCCUGGGCCUGUGAGCGGGGCACACCCCCCAUCCUCUCCUGGAAGGGGGCCACCAUCUCUCCUCAGGUCCCCAUGACAGCCCGCUCCUCAGUGCUCACCCUCACCCCAUGGCCCCAGGACCAUGGCACCAACCUCACCUGUCAGGUGACCUUGCCUGGAGCUGAAGUGACCACGACGAGGACCAUCCACCUCAAUGUGUCCUACCCGCCACAGAACUUGACUGUGACUGUCUUCCAAGGAAACAGCACAGUAUCCAGAGCCCUGGAGAAUGGCUCAUCGCUUUCAGUCCUGGAGGGCCAGUCCCUGCUCUUGGUCUGUGUCGCUGACAGCAACCCACCUGCCAAGCUAAGCUGGGCCCGGGGGAGCCUGACCCUGAGCCCCUCACAGCCCACCAACCCGGGGGUGCUGGAGCUGCCGCAGGUACUCAUGGGAGAUGAAGGGGACUUCUCCUGCCGAGCUCAGAACCAUCUGGGCUCCCAGCACAUCUCUCUGAGCCUCUUCCUGCAGAGGCCAGCGGGGCGCAUGGUAGAGGUGAUCGUGGCCAUCUGGGAGGCGGUUGUCAAGAUUCUGUUCCUCUUCCUCUGCCUCAUCGCCCUCCAAGUGAGGUCUCCCUGGAGGAAGGCAGCCAGGCCCUCAGGGGGCAUGUCAGAUGCAAACGGCAUCCCAGGUUAACCCCCCAGACUCAUUCAGCAAAUAUUAUGGAAGACCUACUAUGUGCCAGCACAGUCAUAGGCACCAGGGGUACAUCAGUGAACACAACUCCCAAAGUCUCCACCAUCCAAAAGACUUGACUAGACACUUCCACAAAGAAGGUAAUACAGAUGGCCAGUGAGCACCCAAAACAGAAGCUCAGUCAUUGGAGAAACGCAAAUCAAGCCCAUAACGACGUACCGCUUCACGCCCACUGGGACAGCUGUUGUAUAAAAAACCCAAGAAAAUAGAAAACAGAAAAUAACAAGUGUUGGCGAAGAUGUGGACAGAUUGGAACCCUCACAUGUUGCUUGUGGGAAGGGAAAACAGGGCAGCCUUGUGGAACACGCUUUGAAUAUCCUCCAAGAGGUCAACAGAAUUACCGUAAGACCCAGCCCCUCCACUCCUCGGUGUAAACUCAAAGGAACUGAAAGCAGGGAUUCCAAAACAGAUACUUGCACACCAUUGUUCACAGCAGCAAAAUUCACAGCAGUGGUGGAACCAAUCCUAGAGUCCGUCAGCCGAAGAAUGGAUGAACCAGAUGUGGCAUACGCAUACAAUAAAAUAACAUGCACCCUUACACAGGAGUGAGUGCAAUUCUGACACGUGCUACAACACAGACGACCCUUGAAAAUGACAUAUUAAGUGAGAGAAGCCAGGCAGCACUCACUUGAGUCUGCCCGCUCUCCCCUUGAGAGUGUUCUAUCACAAUACAUCCUCACUUUACUUUCUUAAGGAAAAGAGAAGAAGUCAGACACAAAAGAACAAAUACAGUACAGUUCUGCUUAUAUGAGCGACCUACAAGGCAAAUUCUUCAAAACAGAAAGUAGAGUGGCGUUGCUUGCAGAUAGGAGACGGGGCGGGGGGUGGGAGGGGAUGGCGAGGAGUUACUGUGUAACUGAUACAGAGUCUCUGUUUGGGAUGAUGAAAACAUUCUGGAAAUAGACGGUCAUGACGGUUCCCCUGACAUUGUGAAUGUAUUCAGUGCCACUGAAUUGUACUGUAUAAGAAUGUUAAAUGGUGUUUUAUUUUAUGGCUGUUUUACUACAAUAAAACAAAGGCAAUGAGAA